AUGGACGCCUUCUACAUAUACGCUGAAAGCGGCAAGAAGUUGGUGGAACAGAUUUUCGCAAAUGACAUAAAUACAGAGGCGACUCAUGAAGGAAUUAAACGUAUAGUAUUGGGCAGCAGUUCAAUCGACAGUUCGAGUCACGUCGUAGUGAGCAGUAGUAAUGAUGAAAGUAUAAUCAGAAAGGCUUGUGAAGGUAGAUUUAUAUUCCUCACUAAAAAUGAUGCUCUGUAUUUCGUAAUUCUAAAGAGAGAUGAAAACAAUCCUGUGAUGACAAUAGAAGUUAUUCGAGAUAUCAUGGAACUUUUUAAAAAAUAUUUUAAGAUAGAAAAGCUGAGCGAAAAUUUAAUAACGAAUAAUUAUUCUGUUGUUACUUUUCUGAUUAAUGAAAUAUUAGCACAAGGAGGAAAGCCAAAUGUGUUUGUGGACGAAAUUUUGAAAAAUUUGGUUGAGAGUGGCUCUGGAUUUCUUAAUGAGACAUUGAAAUAUACACCUGUUGCGAAUAAUCUAUGCAACUUACUUUCAUUGAAGAAAAAUGUUACAGGGGGGAAUAUGUCGAACGGUGGGAAUAUUAAUUACACUUACAGUAACGGGACUGCAAUGCACUACCAGGAUAGCCAGAAUGUCUUUUGGAGAGCAAAUAAUGUUUGUCAUUUGCACAAUCAGAUGUAUGUGGAAAUCAGGGAGAGUGUGAAUUGCGUGUUAACUAAGAAGAACAGGAUAAUUCACUUUGCUAUUCAAGGAAACGUUAUUGUGCAUUGUUCCAUUAAUGGGUCGCCACUAAUUAAAAUGUCUUUUAACAGAAAAAUAAAACUUCAUUUGACCCACCUACAUUACACUGCCAAUUACAAUAUGCUAGUUCGAAAGAAAUUAUUUCAUCAGAACGCAGAGAAAAACGCUUUAUAUUUCGUCCCCUUAAAUGAGCGCUAUAUCGUUAUGCAGUACCUUUAUUAUUUCCCCUUGAGACAUAAUAGAAAGAGAGUGCAGUCAAGAAGCGUAAGCAGUUCCGUAUCCACCGCGCCGGAGUUAACGAAUGUGUUGAAUUUAACAAAUAGCAACUGCAUUCAUAGUGCUCCAACCACAGUGGAUGAUAAAGUGCAGGGGGGAAACCACCAUGUGGAAAAGAAAAGCGAUGAAGUCAGUGAAGGGAAUGAUAAAAGGGAAGAAGAAAUGCGAAAUGAAAAGAAGGGAUGUGAAGACAAUGAUAAAAGGGAAGACGAACUUCAAAAUGAAAAAAGAGAACUUUCCCCUGCGGAAUCUCGCUUCAAGAAAUACAUGGAAGAAAUCAAGAGAUCAGUUCCCGAAGAACCGUUACAUAGCAGUAGUAAUAAUGUUGUGAAAUUUUCACCUACAGGCGAAGGAAUACUUAACGCGGAGAAGAAAAAUGUAAAUGCCCAGAUGAGUACCGAGAAUAAAGAGACCGUGGAAAUUAUAGAUACGCUACCCAGUAUAGAGAAUAAUGAGCAGUACCUAUUACCCAUAAAAGUGAAGGGAGUUGUUAACUAUAUACCAAACGAGUAUAAGUACACCAUAAAAGUGCAGCUCAUCUUGAAUGAUAUAUACACAGGCAGUGCUAGUGAUAAGAACAUGCGAAUAAAUGGAUAUGAGAACAUCUCUGUAAGAAUUCCAGUGUAUAAUUUCAUAAAGUAUGUAAAUAUACUUUGUACAGUAGGAAAUAUAGGAUAUAAUGAAAACUACAAUUGUGUAAUUUGGUGUAUCGACAGAGUGACAAAUUCUCAGAUUGACUUAUCAGCUGAGUUAACCUUAUUCAUACAACCAAAUCCAGAUGGAUUAUUCCGUAGCCAUCAAUAUUAUUAUGAAAAAUUUAUAAGAUGCAAUAAUGACGAGCACAUCAAUGGUCUACCUGAUACAUCCAGAGGGAAUGGCAUUUCAAAUUGCUGCUACCAUGGUGCCACUGCUAGAGAUUGUAAGAUCAUGAGAAGAACAGAGAAUUCAAAUAAUAUUCGUGGCCCAGUACGCAUUUUCCCGAACCGUUUAUCUAACUGGUACAAUAUAGAGGCUUGCGCCUACCCCGACUUCACCUUCCCUGUAUAUGUUUCCUUCACCGUUACGGGAAUUACGGCAUCGGGAAAACGUGUAGAAGGAAUCGAGCUGAAGAGACCCAGAAAUACAUGCCUGCAUACGGUGUACAGAUAUAGUACAACUUACAGCCAUGUAGAGUUCAGAAUAUAG